GAAAUUUCAGACCGACGGUUGCACCCCCAACUCAACCAGCACCACCAGACCUUGCCAAGAAAUCUCCUAAACCAAGAGCUUUCCAAAACUCGUCAACGACUCCAGAUCGAGACUUGAAUGCAAUGGAAUUAAGUCACAUCAGUUUGAUGGGUACCCCAAUGUUAAACAGACCAUCUAGUGAGAUAUAUGAUGGAGAACUGACCAUCACUGCACUCAGUGUUGCUCCCAAGGUGGUCACCAGCUCAGGUGAGGAUUGUGGGAAUUUAAAAAGAAAAUUAUUCUAUGGUUUCAGUGUUUCUGACAUGUCCCAAAGCAGACACAGUAUAAUUUGUAUUGUGGGAAAACUCAUCUGUAUAACUUGGUCAUUGGGUCGAUCCAUUCUAUUGCUCAUUUGGUAAUUUAAUGUGGCAUCCUUUAAAAGUUUAGCCAGAACUAUUAUCAGGCUCAUACACAUGGGGUUAAAUUUACUGGAGAAACUUUAUUAUCAGGUUUUGUUUUGUUGAUUCCAGAUUAUAAUAAUCCAAACAACCAAGGGGUAAUCCAGAUUAUAAUAAUCCAAACAACCAAGGACAUACUAGUUGUAAUCGUUGAAAAGAAUUGGGUCCUAAAUAUACAAUCUGUGUGUCUAUUUUGGGGGCGUGCUGGUUAAAUAUAUUUCCCCCACUUCCCAGUAAAGCACUUGUCCGAUGGACUCGGAACGCAAGACUCAAUGAUGUACAAAGCUCCGCCUGUGUUUGCUAUUCAAAAGCCAGUGGCCCGCACUGCAUCUAGUCACUCCAGAAAUCACCACAGAAGCAGAAGUGAUCUAGCAGAGUCUAUAAAUAUUACCAAAAAAUGGAUCAGGUGAGUUCUUACAUAAGUUGAAACAGCUGUGGGCAGCUUUAAGAUCAACAUUUUUUUUUUUUAAUUUUGAAAGGGUAAAUUUCACAUAACAAACUCUCUAAUCUGAUAUUUGGUUAAGAUUAAUUUCCUAUUUUAUAGCAAAUAAAAGCAUAUAUCAGACCUGUUUUACUCUUACGAUUUUGGCGUACAAUGUACGAUUUUCAGGUGUAUACAUUAUAUAUACUGCAUGUUUUUUUUUUACUGUUAAGAUAAUGUAUUGAAAGAUUUUGUGAUGAUUUUGUACGAUUUUAAGAGUUUGAGGGUAAACAGGUCUGAUAUAUCUUUAUGAAACAUUUGAAAAAAACCUUCGAUGCGUGUAUCAUUUGAGCACACCUUUUUUGCAAUUGUAGAGUAAAAUCAAAUAAGUCAUAGAAGCUUUUUGGGGGGACAGUGCAAAUUGACUUGCACUCAGUUUUCAGAUAAUUUAUUAUGAUGCUUCAACGAGCUAAAAACAUUUUUUAUGUUCAGCAAAUAUAUUUUUAUUUAUUAGAUCAAGAUUUCAACCUUGUGUUGGCUUACUGUAAAAUAACCCCAUUUGUAGUCAAAAUGAUCCAUCCCAUCUCUGUGGCACUGUAGUAGCAGUCAAAAUGAUGGCCACAUAGAAUUAUUACAAAAUACCCGGGCACACAUUUUUUACUUGGUCAUUUAUGCCAUUUGUUCCUCUACAAAUUGGGUCAAUUUUUACAAGAUUUACCGAACAGUUGAAGUGUUCUCACAAUCAUCACCCUGACACAGUUACAACAAUCAAUCUAACAGGUACCAAGAGCAAGUUCGUCAAGACAAUUUCCUUGUCCCCUUAGCCAGACCCGAGAGCUCUAUGACUCUGCCAACACUGAAUCUUGAAGCUGGGACAAAACGCUUACCCUACCAGCAGCCUAUUGCACUGGUUUCUGGACCAACCAUUGAGCUUCCUGCCUUGGGUGAUCAAGAUACGGAUGCUGACAUCGGAUCCGGGGAAUUCAUUCGAACUGGAAAGAAGGGAGAAAGAAAAUCUGGAACAUUUUCAAACUUUUUCAACAGAAUCUCCAAGAAAGUGUUAAAGCAGAGAAAUAGUGGAGAUCACCAGCCGGUGGGAAAGAAUGGUUCAGGUGAGGGCCUGAAUCCUUCUGAAAAUUUGCAGGGUAAAUGUGAUGUCAAAGCUCCAACCAAAUUCUACAAAGGUAUUCCUGUGACAACGCCAAGCCUUCGACGAAAAGUACACGAUAAAGAAAAUGUGUGUCAAGAAACAGCUUUUGACCGGGGGCAGAAAAAAAAUGCUGCCCGGUUGUCAAACAGAUUCAAAGGGAAAUCUGUUAAAUAA